ACACUGCAACCCGAGCAGUUCGUAACGCCGCUCUUGUGUUUACAGUAUCGUGAGGACCUAGAAAAACCGUUAACCAGCUAAGUGAACAUCCUAUAGUGAAUCUUCCGCUAGAAAGCUAGAAAGCGUUAUGACAGCGCUGCGAAUAGUUCAACAGGGUUUGCGAAACCCUGCAUUAUCUGUAUACGGUGCACGGAUUCAUCCGAUCGCCGCAGUUACUGCAAACAGAGAUGGAUACUCCCCGUUUCUGACAAGGACAUUUACGCACACGUCAUCAGAGAACGGACAUCACCAGUCUCCAAAAUGGUGGAAAUCGGCUGCUGUCGUCGGUGUUACGGCUGGACUUGUUGGUGCAACACUGUUAGCCAAGUCCCAAUUGGAUCCGCAGUUAGCUGCAUCAUCCGAGGAGCGUGAGGCAGGAUCUCUGGUUCCAGGUCUACCAACCUACACUUUGGCAGAUGUUAGUAAGCGGAAGACAAAGGAUACAAGGAUCUGGAUGACCUACAAAAAUGGAGUUUAUGAUGUCACCGAAUUUGUAUCUAAUCAUCCUGGUGGCAGUAAGAUUCUUCUCGCAGCAGGUGGCUCAAUGGACCCUUUCUGGAACAUGUAUGCUGUACACAAGAACAAAGAAGUAUUUGCAAUGCUUGAAGAACUUCGUAUAGGGAAUAUCACUGAGGUUCCAAAGGAGGAGGAGCGUGAUGCAAACAAUCCUUAUGCGAAUGAUCCAAAGCGACACCCUGCCUUGAGGCCAAGUUCAUCGACUCCUUUCAAUGCGGAGCCUCCUCUUCAGCUCCUUCCAGACAAUUACCUCACACCAAAUGACCUGUUCUUUGUGCGCAAUCAUCUCCCUGUUCCGGAUGUAGAUCCAAAAACUUACAAGUUAGAAGUUGGAAUCGACGGCGCGUCACGAAAAAAGAACAUCAAUCUUAAUGAAUUAAAGAAAAACUUCCAGAAAAAAUCUGUGGCUUCAAUUGUACAAUGUGCUGGUAACCGACGGAGUGAAAUGGUGAAGAUCAAAUCAGUGAAGGGGUUGAACUGGGGAGCAGCAGCCAUUAGUAAUGCUGAGUGGGCGGGGGUAUGUCUUGAUGAUAUCCUAAGGUAUUCUGGGAUUGAUAUAGACACUGUUGAUUGUGAUCACAUUAUUUUUGAUGGUUUGGAUCAUGACCCUACAGGUUCAACAUACGGAGCAUCGAUCCCAAUUGAACUUGCCAGACGUCUUAAGAAGGAUAUAAUAGUAGCUUACGAAAUGAACGGAGAGGAUAUUCCUCGGGACCAUGGCUAUCCAGUACGAAUCAUUCUUCCUGGAAUUGUGGGAGCAAGACAGGUGAAAUGGUUGUGUAAAAUUACACUAUCAAAAAAGGAAAGUGAUUGCCACUGGCAACAAAAAGAUUACAAAGGAUUCCAUGCGUCAAUCGAUUGGCACAAUGUGGAUUUCAGUACUGUUCCUGCAAUUCAGGAACUUCCUGUCAACAGUGCCAUCUGUGAGCCUGUAAAUGGAGCAACUCUCGAAGACGGUUCGACAGAAGUGACAGUCAAAGGUUAUGCAUGGAGUGGGGGUGGUCGCGGCAUCGUAAGAGUAGACGUAACAACAGAUGGAGGAAAGACGUGGCAUUCUGCAGAGCUGAAACAUCCGGAUCAACCACUGUACAAGACAUAUGCAUGGACGCUGUGGGAAGCUACUGUUCCACUGCCAGCAGAUAAGAAGGAUGUUGACAUUCAAUGCAAGGCUGUUGAUUCCUCCUAUAAUGUACAGCCCGACAAUGUUGAUGGGAUCUGGAAUCUGAGGGGUGUCCUUAGUAAUGCCUGGUUCAAGGUCAAUGUCAAAGUCCCAGGAGAGGAGCCACCGGCACAAAAGAAAAAGAGUUCUUGGUGGUAAUGAUCUGGCAUAAACCACAAAGGUUCAAUAUCAAAGCGACACAUGGCUUGUUAGCGGAAUUAUGUGAGUGGCCUGACUGAUAUUGAUGAUCAUUUCAUCAUCAGCAAAGAUCUCGUAAUUGAUCUGGAUCUUGUGAUUGACUCAGAUUUUGUGAUCGUCUCGGAUCUUAUGAUCGACUCAGAUAUUAUGAUUGAGUCGGAUCUUAUGUUUGACUCAGAUUUCGUGAUUGACUCAGAUUUGGUGAUUGACCCAGAUGUUGUUAUAUGUCUAUGAUAACAGUUGAAUACACCUUAUAGGCACAAGUAUUCACAACUUUGGAAUGCCUUUCAAUUGAUCAUUAUGGUUGUUUGUUGCUGGAUUUCUUUUCUUUUUUUUCUUCUUUGUUUUAUCGUUCAUAAAUACCUUUAAAUAGGAAUGACAAGUUGUAUAGUGUAUCUUAAAAGAAAAUUGAUACAAAUUUAAUAAGAUAUCUUUCUUUAAUUAAGUAGUAUUUUGAUUUAUCAUAAGCAGAUAUAAACAGCUUUUACUUAGUCGUGUAAUCAAAGAAACAUAUUUAAUUUGGAAUUGAUUUACUUGUGAGCAGUCAAGCAGUAUUUUGAUAUAAAGAAAUCUUAUUUGAUUUGAAAAGUAAGUUUAUUUAGGGUAAAAUUAUGUUGGUUUAUUAAAUAUAAAACAGUAUUAUUUUUUUUCUUUCAAAACAGACAUCUAUAAUCUAACUAUGUUACAAUAUGUAUAAGUAAUUCUGUAAUUUAGUUGACUUUUCAUGUUGAUUGAAUUUUGAUCAUGUGAAUUAAGUGUUAUGGUUUUGAAUGAAUUUAUUUUUAUCUGAACAGUAUUGUGAUUUCUGUUAUCCAUUAGUAAUAUACAUGUACAUCUGUAUACAUUGUAUCAAAAGAUGGGCUACAUCAAAGCUGUACAAGUACUACAUGUAUAUGGUGUAGUUUACUGUUGAUUUACAUCCUAAUGUAUGAACAGGUGACACAUUAGUAAUGCACUCGCCUUUCACCAAGCCAUCAGGGGUUUUCUCCAGGUACUUCGGUUUCCUUCCACAGUAAGACCCCUCCCUGUGGGCUUAUAUCUGGGCCAACAAGGGUGAUAGAUAUAAGCUGAAAGCUUGUUUCGCAAUUGUUGUAAAAUAAAUAAAGUGUAUAUUAUAUUAUAUAUGAACACCCAGGGCCAUGGCUGGUUUGGUUGAUGAAGAAAAGCUGGAGUUCCUGAAGAAAAUCCACAAAACUGUACCUGGCAACAUGUUGUGUGCAAAUAAAGAAUUUUCAAAAAAGAUUUUGCAAGAAUCGGUACUCUGUGUGAAUUUGUCAUUUGUUAAAGUUUUAACAUCUCAUAGUUUUUAUAUAUGUUUAUUGUAUUGAUGAUGUGUAAGGAUAUUCAAAUUCCAUCUACAAUUUUUGUUUCAAGUCGUGUGAUUCAGUAACCAAAUUUUCAAGGAAAUUUGCCAAAAGUCUCAUCCCAUGUGCGUGUAACAAGAGCAAAUGAACAAAUUCAAACUUAAAUUGAUAUAAAUUAAAGUUACCACAGUAUUGGUAUUAUUGAUUGAACAUUUCAGUUUAAUCAAGUGUAAUGUUGUUAUGACUUUCAUCAGUACCCAUGGUAAUUGAUCGAACUAAUCGAAAAUGAAAAAUUUUCCAUUUCUAAACUGUAUGAUUUCAUAUUAAUAUCUAAUUUUUUAAAAGCUUUUUGAUAACAGUGAAAUAUUUUCCUCAAAUUUAGAUGAGGAGAAAUUUAAAAUAAAAAAAAUACAUUUAUGAUCAAUAAAAGUUCCAAUAUUUCAUUGCAUGCCCAACCACGUGGGUUUUCCCCUUCCUUCCCCCACCCCCCGACUAGAGUUAUUAGUAUAAGUUGUUAUAAAUUGUUUCACAAUUGUUGUAAAAUAAAUAAAGUUUAAUAUGAAAUUUGAUUAUAUAAACAACUUAGCUUAUUGUAACUUAAUGUCAGAAAGAACUAGAGGUCAAGUUCACUUAAUUUUCAAUAAAUGAGGUAAUGUUUCAUUAACAAUAGGGUUGAGUGGGAGGUCAGGGUCCUCUCUAACUAAACUUGAGUGAUAUUAUUUUUUAUAACGAUGAUGGCUUUAUCAAUCAUCAUGUAUCUUGUAAAGUGAAAGGUUGAAAUGCCAAGAACAGCAGUAUUUUUUCUGACAUUUAAUGAAGAGAUAUGAUGUCAUAUUGUUGUAUGUAUAUAUUAAUACUAGAAUUACGUUUUCAGAUGAACAUCAAGUUGAAGGUUUUCAAAUUUGAAUUUAAUCUCAUGUGCAUUAUAAUAUGUAGUAUGGGUUGGUAAAAUUACUGAAAAUUAUAUUCAAAGUUGAAUACAGUGGUUUAAUCAAGUGAUCAAAUCAUUUUACAAAGAUAAUGUUUUAGAAUUUUUGAUUGGUGUAUCUGCUCAGAAUAUCUGUUAGAUGAAUGAAUUGCUGCUAAAAUAAUGAAUAAAGAAAUGUUUGAAAAAUGUA